AAAUGGAACCAGGUGAGAGAAGAAAGAAGUUUCUCCACUUUGAAGCAGCUUCUGAAGCCAUCCAGCUGCAGAAAGCUGCUAAUGACGAUAGUGACCCAUUCCCAGAAAUAGAAAUUGAAGAGGAAAAGAAUCCUAUUUUGAGGUCUAUGGAUGAAAUCUCAUCUUCUUCUCAGGAUUACUCUUCAGAUUCAUCAGAAGAAGAAAAGGAAUUUCAUAUUAGGGAUGCACAAGACAAACCGAGAUAUAGGAAGUCAAAGGUCAGAAGGAGUAUUUUGAAGUCUCAAUACUUAACAAAUAAGAGGCAAUCAAGAGGGUCGAAAUAUCUUGGGUCUAGGAAAAACUCAAAGAAUUUGAAUAAAUAAUUUUGAAAUCAAAGCCGGACCAGAAGGAAGGUUACCUAUUCGGAGGCCAAGUAAUGCAGAUAUUUUACUUAAGCAAAAUAUAUUUAAUGAACAAAAGAGUAAUCUUUCAGUAUUGUCACGAGUGAAAAACCAGAUACUACAUCCAGAUAAGCGAGAAGAAAAGGGAGAGUUAGAUUAUAUCGCAGUUGACGAGAAUAGGGAUAAGGAAGAUUUGAAUUCCUUCCUUAGUAGGUCCCUUUUAACCAACAAAUUCCAACUUGUGUGGGCAUUUAUUUUAUUCAUAGCCCAUACAUACAAUUUGGUAGUCUUAUUUUAUUACCUUGGAAUUCCUGAUUUCCCUCAGGACGUAAUGUUAGGCUUACAGAACUUCUUUGAGUUUAUUUUGAUCAUUGAUAUAGCAUUAAGGUUUUUGAUAAAAUCUUUUACUUUUGAAGUUUGGGAGUCAAUGUGGCUUCUUCAUGAUUAUUUCGCAUUUUCAUCAAAAUUAGGAUUUAUUCUGACUGUUAUUAGCUCAUUUCCGUUUAUGUUUUUGGUGUCCUGAUCCACAAGUAAUCUUGCAGUGCAAAGUUCUUUCUGGGUAGCAUGUAUGAGAAUUCCUAAAAUCAUAAGGAUAAGAGAAGUUAACAAAAUCUUUUCAAAUUAUUCAAGAGCUGAAAAAUCUAGAUCAGGAUCCUCUAGCUUCUUUGUUGCAGCAUAUUCACUAUUUUUAGCCACUCAUAUAAUUGGCUGAAUAUGGCUGAUUGUUGGGAGGCUUGAUCCAGAUGAGGAUAAUUGGCAGAAGAUGGACAAUUUCGACCAAAAUCCUCGAAACGUUCAACAAUACAUUGAAGCUUGCUUCUUCACUGUAGCUACAAUGACUGGACUCGGGUAUGGAAAUGUUGUACCAACUACUGAUCUUGAAAUAUUUGUGAUUAUUUUCAUAAUGGUAACAGGAGCAAGUAUUUAUGCUAACUUUUUCGCGAACUUUAUUGUUACCAUGAACAAUAGAAAUGCAAAAACUAUUGAGAAAAUGAAGAAGCACGAUCAAGCGAAGAACUUUGGAAAUGAGCUUAACCUCCCUGAGAUCAUUAUGAUGAAAAUAAGGUAUUACUACAAUGAGUUGAGUAUAAAUUAUGGAGACAUAUAUGAUAGAUAUUCUAAUUUAAAAGAGCUACCUACUUCCUUAUCUACAGAGUUAUCAUGAUUCUUGAACUCGAACUUGAUCAAGAGUGUUAAAAUGUUUCAGUUUAGUCAUCCAAUGUUUAUUCUCUCAGUGGCAAGAGCCAUGAUGCCUAAAAUAUGAAUGGCUAAUGAUUUUGUACUUGAACUUGGGAAUAUUGCUGAAGAAAUGCUGUUUAUUAAGAAGGGAGUGGUUGAAAUUCUUGCAACAGAUAAUCAGACCAUUAUUGCAUACCUUACAGAAGGGUCUUACUUUGGAGAGAUAGGGCUUCUGCUGACUGGUGUAAGAACUGUAAGCGUAAGAGCAAAAACUCUGUGAAUAUUUUUCAUGAUUGAUAAAGAUGGGAUAUUAAAAAUUUUAGAAAGAUUCCCUGAGCAGAAAGCGUUCUUGAAAUCUGUAGGGAGACAGAGACUCCAAACAACUAACCCUGAGGAUUUAAAGGAUGACGAAGAAGCUGAAAUAAACAACCUCCUUGCAAACCAAUCAUUACUUGAGGACAUAAAUAACGAGAUAAAGCUUGAUGAAGAAAGUAAAUUUUCUAAAAUACAGUCUAUGGCAAACCUCUCAAUGCAAAUUAAGAAUUAUAAAAAGAGGAAAGAUGUAAAAUUACCUUGGAAUGUGACUAAACAUUAUCCUAUUCUUGACAAGUUCAUAGUUAUCCCUUUCUCUCUGCUCUUUUAUAUAUGGGCUAUCAUGACCAUUACUGCGUGAGCAUAUGUCUUAUUUAUUGUCCCAUUCUCUAUUUCAUAUGAGUAUCAUUUUGAUGCAUGGUUAAUCCCAAUCGAUGUGAUUUUUCAGAUAAUACUAGCUUUUGACAUCUUUAUCACUAUGAAGACAGCGCUUAAUAAAAAGUUUGAAAUUUCUGUAGAUUUAAAAGAAAUAGCAAUCGAUUAUAUGGACACAAGAAUUUUCUUUGACAUCCUGGCAGUGUUCCCAUUGGACUAUAUUCUGAUGAUCUUUGGUGUUAAUCAGCAAACUGUAGCAUGGGUAAGAAUACUUAGGAUACUUAAACUGUACAAACCUUUUGAUUAUAUCAAGAUUUGGAGAAAACACUCCAAUGUAAAAAUUGCCUUAUUUACCCUAUUUUUACUGUCAAUUCUGUUUGUGAUUAUUAGUCAUCUUAUGGGAUGAAUCUAUUUUUAUAUUGGAAGACAUGAAGAUGGAGGGGAAAAUAGGUAUGACGGCCAGUCCCUUUUUAAGAAUACUUUGGAUAGAGACUUUCUCAUCCUUCAGCCUGUUGUUGAAAUGUCUAUCUUUGAGCAGUAUGUGCAUUUCUUUUAUCUUUCUGCUUGAACAAUGGGAGCUGUAAUGUAUGGAGAUAUGAUUCCUCUUACGCCACUCGAGCAGAUAUUUACUUUUGGAGCAAUGUUCACAGCUAGGAUAUAUCUUGCUUUCCUUUAUGCAGAGGCAGCAGCUUAUCUUUCAUCAGUAAAUUCAGCCUAUUCAAGCCGACUAAAAGUGAAGAGUACUAUUGGUAAAAAUCCUGAAUUAAAUGCUCUAUCUUUUGAUAUGAAGAAGAGAGUUUACAAUUAUCAUGAAAUUCUUGGUAAUAACUUCAAAGGUGUUACAGAAAGCCAAGUCUUGAAUGAUCUCCCAGAGAGCAUAGAGAAGCAGAUAAAGGAUAACCUGUUUAAAGAUUUAAUCAGGAAUAUCACUCUAUUCCCUAAAGAUGAUACUUCAGCCAUAGCAGCUCUUAUUUGGAGAUUAGACCUUCAUUUACUCUCUAAUGGAGAAUAUGUAAUCAAAGAUGGAGAGAUAGCCGACUGAAUGUAUUUCAUUAUCAGAGGAAAAGUUGAAGUUAUUAAAUCAGGAGUUACCCUCGCAGUUCUGGAACAAGGCGCUCAUUUUGGAGAAAUGGCCUUGGCUGAAGGAAAGCCUACUACUCGAGCUGCUUCAGCUAGAUGAAUUACAUCUUGUUCUGUUGGAAGUUUAUCUAUUAAAAACUUCAAUAUUCUUUGUGAGUUUUAUCCUAUAUUCAAAUCAAAAAUUCAGGAAGAAGUUUCUAAGAGAAAAGAAGAUCUAAAGAAGAAGACGGAGAACUUAAAAGAAGGUUCCCCAUCAUCCAUCAAGAAAACCAAGACUUUAAUGCAUUCAUCCAAUAAUUUAUUUAGGAAUAAAUCUAGAACAUCAAAUAAGGGAAGUAGACAAAGUGCCUACGAAGUUUCUGAUGCUGACGGUCAUAAUGUCAUAAAGAGAGAAAGACUUAGUGUCUUUGAUGCACCUUCGGUCUCAAAAUCUAAGAAAUCUAGCUUUAGAAGUGAGGACAGAGUUCAUAUUGAGCGAAUAAAAUAGCCAAGUUAAUCAACUCUUAGAUAAUGAAGAGAACUCAAAGAAUAAUAAUGAUCAAGUAGAUGAGUCUCAAGCUCCUCUUGUUAUUCAAGAGAAUCCAAAUAUUCCGGAUGGGAAGGUUAUCGCUAACCCAAGAAUUUAUGAUGAUGGGGAUGAAGAAAGCCAUCAAUCUGAUGCUGACUCCAAGAAAUGCUCAAAAGGAUCAGAAUCUAGUCUUGAGAGAAAGAAAAAUAAACUUGAAGGAGAGACAGAAGUAAAAAUUUCAAUUGGAAAGUUUAGAUUCAUUAGAGAAAUAUUGCAAUAUGUUUCUUGGACCAGAUUAUUUGAAGUAAUUGUACUCCUUUUUGUGCUGUACAAUCUCAUAUUUAUUCCUCUCCAAGGUGCUUACAGGAUUGAAUACUCACCAGCUCUGAUCGUCAUGGAAAUAUUCACUAUCAUAGUGUAUUCAUUUGAAAUUUACAUGCUUUUCUUAAAGCAUAAAGAGCUUAAAAUAGAGAUACAUGAUCAAGAGAAUAAUAUAGAAGAAUCUGAUAGACAUAUCCAGGACUUCAAUGCAAUGAAGAAGUCCUUAAAAAUGAUAAGGUUUAGGAUCUUUCUCUCUAUUGUGUCUAUUAUGCCUUUGACAAUCAUUUUCCAGUUCUGUGAUUUGGAUGAACCUCUCCUCAUUAUUUUUUAUUUAUAGCUAUUUUGCUUAAAAUUUUGAGCAAUUGUACAAGAGAG